CUGGAUGGGAUGCUCACGCGUGGAGUAGAUACUCGGUGUGCAUCGACGCGUGUCCCAUGACUAUCGAGCGCGUUCCAUACGCUCCCAGCAAGCAAGACCGUCUCAUCGACCCCGGCACCGCCCGCGCGACCAUUGCCGCCACCAACGACGCACCGGACGGGACGCAGCAGGACAACUGGGCCGAGCGACACCGCCAUCUCACCGUUGUGCAGCAGCACUGCAGCUAUUGGGACAAGGACGGCGACGGCGUCAUCUGGCCGUCCGACUCAUGGCUUGGCGUGCGAGCUUGGGGGUGGAAUCUCUUCCUCUCCGCCUUAGCUGUCGUCAUCAUACACGGCGCGCUGUCGUAUCCCACCGCCCCAGCAAUCAUCCUACCAGAUCCCUUCUUCCGCAUCUGGAUAAAGCACGUACACAAGUGCAAGCAUGGGAGUGACAGUAUGAGCUACGAUACAGAGGGACGCUUCCAGCCGCAGAACUUUGAGAACUUGUUCACGAAGUACGAUAGUGACAACAAGGGUGGGCUGGAUUUGUAUGACCUGGCGCGGGCGUUAAAAGGGCAGAGAUUCGCAUUCGACUUUUUCGGCUGGGGCGCGGCGUUAUUCGAGUGGUUGGCGGUGUACCUACUUCUCUGGCCCGAUGAUGGUAUCAUGCGCAAGGAAGACGUCCGGCGCGUGUUUGACGGUAGCAUAUUCCAGGAGAAGGCUGAUGAGUACGCUCGGAAAAUGAAGAGGCAAGGGAAGACAAAGAUGGCAAUAGCGUACAGUCAAUCUGCGUAUUGAGUCGCUUUCUCCAGCAUACGCCAUGACCUGCUCGCUCGGCAGGACAGACAGCAUUGCGGUGAUGCUCAGAUCAGAUGGACCGGUAAUGCGCACUGCAUGCGAGCAGUCUGCCGAGGCAAUUGCUUGCUCAGGUACGAGGAGUUAGCUGCUAUGCCACGUGCGGUAAGUGCAAACUCUAGCCUUUCAUUACCUGUCAAGGUUUGGAGCAUGGCAUUCCCCGUCCAAGCAGGAACACGGCUCACUCUGCCGAUCUAGAUGUAGCAUGGCCUGCGCUGUAAAUGUGUCUGCGGUACGUAGCGUGCUCCUUCCCCGCUUCACC